GGCUCAUAAAGUCAGAAAGAAUGAUGCCAAAGUUUCAGAUGGACCACAGGUUUAUGAAACGAAUCUUCGCACUGUUGACAGUUAUUGUGCUGAUCUUUACAAGUGCUGUCUUAUACAACGAAAUAACUACGACCAGCUCUUACGUUGGUUGAUGACACGGAGAGCAAUUAAAAUCAUUUAACCAUCAGUUCUGGCCUUCUCAAUAUUGACUCGAUGCUACAGUAAGAGCUUGACCACCGCUACAGCCUGCACGACGUAGUUACAAGAUUCAACGGCAAUACCCGUGACGUCCAGCAGGUGGAAGAAGUUGGUCAGAAAAUGCAAGAUUUCAACUAAAAGCACUCAAAAUGGAAGGAUCACAGGCUGCUUCAGUAAGUCAAAUGGACGUAAAUGAACAGAUCACAAUUUUACAACAAGAAAUUCAAGAUUUAAAGAACUCGCUUGAAGCUGAAAGGGAGGAUAGACAAAACAUUAAAGAUUCAAUCACAUGCAAGGAACAAAUUUUAGCAGAGCUUCAAAACAAAGCUCAAAGCACAUCAGAGUUACCAAGACGUUCUGAAAGAGUUAAAGUACAAACGGAAAAGAUGAUAAAAUAUCAAAGGGAAGAAAUGAGUAAAAGGGAAAAAAGACUAACAACUCUUUAUGAACAAUGGAAAACACGUACGUGAAACAAGAGAAAAGUUAAAAUCAGAUAUCACAGACAAGGAGAUGUCAGAACUUGCAGAUAUAACAGAGCAAAAGAGAGAUGAUGUAUUACAGUUAUAUUCAGAAAUAAGAAACCAAAUGGCACCAUCAUCUGACAUAAGGAGGAAGAUUGAUGCAUGUGAUGCAAUAACUCAUGACAUUGUAAGGAUAAUUCUGGAAAGAUUAAGUGGUGUUGAUGAGGAAUUUGAUGCAGAGCGCGAAAUAACUCGUUUACGUGAACUUUUAAAGCAUGAUUACGCCCAAUCCAUAUACGGCUCAACCGCAGCAUCAAAUCGCAGCCAACGGUCCUCAGCUUCACAGCUCACAGCACAACGAGCCGCCGCAGCAGCUGAGCUAGCUGCAAAGGAGGCUGAAUAUGAAACUGUACUAGAGGAAUUAAGACAACAGGAAAAGAUAAAAGCUCUAGAAGAGGAACACAAGAAACAAAUGGCAGCUCAAACAUCUGAGUUAGAACGCUUAAAAGCACAGAAGGACGUGAAAGCAGCUCGAGCUAGGUUUGAAGCAUAUGACAGAGAGUUAUCACAGGUGAAUGAUGUACAGUCAAUAAAAAGUGAACAGGUGAAACCAUACUUCAUACCCAAACACCCCACAACAGCACUUUCUUUCACUCCUGCGCAGACAACUCCACCUAACGUCACUCAACUAGCUCAAGCCAUACAGGACAGCAUUAAACUGAACAGACUUCCCACGCCAGAACCAACAGUGUUUAGUGGUGAAUCACUAAGCUUCAUUGAAUGGAAAUCCACGUUCAUAUCACUGAUUGAACAACAGGGCAUCUCAACAGCAGAUAAGUUGUACUAUUUAAAGAGAUAUGUAACGGGCCCAGCUCGAAAAUGCCUUGAAGGGACUUUCUUCAGAAACGAUGAGGAGGCAUACAAAGACGCUUGGGACAAAUUGAACCAGAGGUACGGCCAGCCAUUCGUGAUACAGAAAGCAUUUAGAGAAAGGCUAGCAAUGUUCAGCCUAGAGAUGCUAAUGGACUGAGAGCAUUUGCAGAUUUUAUAAAUGCAUGAAGAGAACCAAAAACUGUUGCACAAACUACCAGACUGGAUAAACGCAAGAUGGAACAGGCAGGUAACAAAGACUUUAUUGGAGGGUGGAGAGUUUCCAAGUUUUAGUGCUUUUGCCUCCUUCCUCUCGCUAGAAGCCGAAGUCGCCUGCAAUCCAGUCACCUCCAUUCAUGCACUUCGCUACACUGAAACAAACAGCAACAAAAGGUACAUCAAAGGAAACAAGGCAAGUGUAUUUAACACAAAUACAACUGUAGAAAGUGAUAAAAGGAUGAUAACAAAAAUACCUAACGGCUCACCAUGCACAAUGUGCCAAGGCACCCAUCAACUUCACCAGUGCCCUGACCUCUUGGAAAUGUCCUUAGAAAACAUAAGGAAAUAUGUGAAAGACAAUAGACUUUGUUAUGGUUGUCUAAAACAAGGACACACUGCUAAGGACUGCAAACGCCGCCUCACAUGUGAAACUUGCACAAAGCGACACCCAACGUGUCUUCAUGAUGAAAGUUACAGGAACAGUCUGCAACGAGAAACAUAUGUAAAAACAAUCAAUGCAACUCAAGGUAACUCACCUGAAACAGCAACAGCCAUGUUACUUAACGUUGCCAGAUCUGAACAGUCAGUCAGCACUUCAAUGAUUGUUCCAGUGUGGCUCUCGACGACCACCAACCCACUCAAAGAAAAACUGGUCUAUGCGUUACUGGACACACAGAGUGACACUGUUUUCAUUAAUCAGGAUGUCACGCAUGAGCUGCAGGCAGAUGUUUGUCCAGUGAAGCUGAAACUCACUACUAUGAUGGGUAAAAAUGCAGUUGUAAGCAGUGGAAAUGUGUCUGAUCUUUUAGUGAGAGGUUAUAACUCAGCCACAGUCAUAAAGGUCCCCACUACGUACACAAAGGAUUACAUACCUGCUAACAGAGAACACAUACCUACCUGUGAAACAGCCAAACAGUGGAGUCACUUGCUACCGAUAGUAGACGAGAUCCCUCCACUGCUCAGUUGUGAAGUAAGUCUCCUCAUAGGUUAUACUUGUUCUAGAGCUCUUGCACCCAAACAAGUAAUCUUAGGCAAAGAAAACGAGCCCUAUGCCAUUCACACUGAUUUGGGAUGGAGCAUAAUUGGCAACUCGACACCAGACCGCGAAACAGACAUGGCGAGCAGCCUCUGUCACCGAGUCACUGUUAAAGAAAUCCCUCCCUCCACUCCAGCAGAUGCAAUACGUGCUCUGGAAAGAGAUUUCAAGGAGAUCGACAGAAAUGAAAGGACUGUGUCACAAGAUGAUUUAAUAUUCCUUCAGAAGCUCGAGCAUGGCACAACAUGGACUGAAAAUGGACAUUUUGAAAUGCCAUUAACAUUUAAAGAAAAAACACAAAUGCCAGAUAACAGACAACUCGCUGAAACCAGACUGAAACCAGGCUCAAAGACAAAUCAAAUACACUCACAACUGUGACUGAAAGACAAAACGCAGAGACUGUGAUUAUCAAAGACCUGCAAAGACACGCAUACCAAAAUGAAAUAGAGACAUUAAGCAAAGGCAAACAGCAUUCAAAGAACGACAAAAUGUACAACUUGGAUGUCUUUUUGGACAAGGACAAUGUGCUCAAGGUGGGAGGAAGGGUCCAGCACUCAUCGCUGCCCAGCUCUUUUAAACAUCCAACAAUCAUACCGAGAGAACAUCACAUCACAAAACUGAUAAUUGCUCACUGUCACGAAAGGGUCAAUCAUCAAGGAAAGGGCUUCACAAUGAACGAGAUACGAAGCAAUGGCUAUUGGAUUCCAAAGUUGAGUCAAACGGUUGCAUCCUACAUUCGCCGGUGUGUGUUUUGUCGGAAACAAAGGAGACCUGUGGAAGGACAAAAAAUGAGAGACUUACCCACAGAAAGAUUUGAACAAUCUCCGCCUUUCACAUACUGUGGAAUGGACGUUUUUGGACCGUUCCUGACCAAACAAGCAAGGAAAGAAUAUAAAAGAGCUUCUGCUCAUCUACGUGAGAUGAGGUUCGUCUUGCAAAAGAGGCCAGCAAGAAAUAUGAAAACCUCAACCCCUCUGCCUCCCCCAGGACAGUUCGUUAAGGAGGACCUGUAUGCACAAAAACAAUGGCUUCAAAUACAGUACUUGCUCGAACAGUUUUGGAGCAGGUGGAAAAAAGAGUACCUGCAGAACAUAAUGGUCAGACAAAAAUGGCACAAGCCUAAAAAAAAAGAAAAAAAAUGUAAAUAGGAGACAUAGUAAUGGACAAAGAUGAAAUGCCACCACGAUCCCAGUGGAAACUUGGAAGGAUAUUGGACACUGUAAAAGAUACAGAUGGACUUGUCAGAAAGGUCAAAAUAGGCUUUGCAGACAGAAAUCUUACCACAAAGGGUCAACGUGUGAACAAAAUGUCUGUAGUAGAACGCCCAGUUCAUAAGUUAGUUCUACUACUAGAAGAUUCUGAAUAGUAAAUUUACAAUGCUUAAGUGUAUUGAAAGUUAAAGUUGUAAUAUGCUUACAAGGUUAUUUCUAUAUUUUGGUUAAGUAACUUGAAGAAAUUAUUUGUGUUUUAGUUGUGUAACAGCAAAUAAUUUGGUGGGAGUGUAAAAGCCAACAGAGUAAUUAUGCACUUUAAUUAUUACUUUUAUGCAUUUUAAUUAUAGCUAUGCUAUAAUGUUUUAUGUUUACAACAUCGAGCCUUUAUUUUGGCAACCUCAGAAACCGGAAGUGUAGUGACGUAAUUCAGUUUGGAACAACGGCGGAAAAAAGACGAAAGAAAGUCUGAAAGGUUCACGGUUAAAACGGUAAAAAGCACGGAUAAUCUACAAGGUUUAGCUUCGGUCAAAUGGGGAACAAGGUUUGUAAAGUUUACAAAACGUAUAUUCGAGCUACUUAAGGAAUGUUAUUGUGAAAUGUAUAAUUUAACUUAAUGUUUACGGAUUAAAACUAAUGUAAGGAGCUGUGUUACGGUUGAAAUGUAAUGUAAUGCAUGGUUUAUUUGUUUUACUCAGCUCUUACGUUGGUUGAUGACACGGAGAGCAAUUAAAAUCAUUUAACCAUCAGUUCUGGCCUUCUCAAUAUUGACUCGAUGCUACACACUAACUAAUG